ACGUUGACAAUUGGCAAUAUUGCUUUUCGAUUCCUAAUUAAGUUUAUUUCACGUUGAAAUUAAAUUAUAGUUAUCUGGAAUAAUAACAAUUUUAAGUUUGCCAAUAAAUUUUCAUUGGAUAGAAGGAUAAGGGUACCAAAAGUGUUAUUAACAAUAAGGGUUGAGAAGAUUUAAUAAUUUGUGGCCCAGUAAUAAAACCACAAAAAAUGCAGUUAACUUCAGAUCCCAGACGUGCUGACCGUGAACGCCGUUUUAAGCCUCCACCGCCCAAUUCGGCUCCGGCUGAAGACCUGACUACGGAUUACAUGAAUAUUCUUGGAAUGGUAUUCUCAAUGUGUGGCUUAAUGAUGAGACUUAAAUGGUGUGCCUGGACAGCUGUCUUCUGUUCUAGUAUCAGUUUUGCUAAUUCAAGGGUUUCUGAUGAUACAAAGCAGAUAGUAAGUUCAUUCAUGCUUUCGAUCUCUGCAGUGGUGAUGUCAUACUUACAAAAUCCUGCACCAAUGUCUCCGCCUUGGACUGCGUUAACCACUUAGCUUCAUUUUUUUUAUUAAAACAUUGUCAUUGUUAAUAUAAUAGCA